AUGUCACAGAAGCCUUUUCUCCUCUUUUUGGGCAUCAUUGCAGCCACAGUUUUUACAGCUCAAGGCUCAUGGAGAAGAGACAACAAAAAGUUUGGUCCAGCAGUGCACCACUCUGACGACAACUAUGAGUGGACCACAUGGUUUAAUGUCGAUCAUCCCGGGGGCCGCGGGGACUACGAGCAGCUGGAGGCCAUACGUUUCUAUUACCGUGCCCGAGUGUGUGAGACUCCACGUGCGAUUGAGGCCAGAACCACUGAGUGGGUCCCGGCCCGGGAAACUGGAGAGACAGUUCAUGCAGACCCCACUGUGGGCUUCUGGUGCCUCAAUGAGGAGCAAGGUCCUGAUCGCAACUGCUCCAACUACGCGGUCCGCUUCCUCUGUCCUCAAGAUAGUAGUGUGAACAUUGAGGGAAUCUGGGGUCCGUGGUCAGACUGGAGCCCUUGCCCUGCCCUCUGUGGUCAAGUGGGUGUGCAAUUACGCUAUCGAAGCUGUCAGUCCCAAUCAAUGCCCUGCAGUGGGGCUAAAAUAGAAGGGAAAUCAUGCAAUGGACCUGAGUGCAUUAAGGCAGAUUGUUCCCUUCGCUGUCUCAUGGGGAAAGUGAACGCUGACUGUGACGCAUGCAUGUGUGAAGAGCACGUCCUGCUGGGUUCUGUACGCAGUGCUGGCGGCCUCAUUGCUGAAGGGGCCGCCAUCCUGCACGUGAACAAACUCCUUACCAUCACGGACCACAAUGGACAUUUUCGCAUACCAGGGGUCUGCCCUGAUGGAAACACAACCUUGACAGUGAGCCUGCCGGGUCAUGCCAGCCAUAGUGUUGUUGUGCCCCACAGCACUGAGCGCACUUCGGUUCUCAGUGUCCAGCUGAAAAGAGCCGAAAAGCUUCAUGUUUUGGUUAACCCCGAGAGCAAGGCCAGGAGGGAGGGGCAAAGCGCUGCCUUCUGCUGCAAAGUGGCUGGAACUCCACAGCCGGACAAGUACCAGUGGUUUCACAACGAUAGUCUCAUGGAGACUCAGUCUGAGAGCACACUGGUCCUGAAAGAUCUGCAUGCUGAGCAGGCUGGAGAAUACUACUGCAGAGCAAGCGGUCAAUUUGGGGCUAUCAAAACCAAACCAGCCAUUCUCAAAAUCAUAGGUACAGAUGAGCAUUCGUGUAACCCCAGGCCCGAAUCUCACCUCAUUCGUCUUCCACACGACUGCUACCAAAACAGCACAGACUCGUUCUACUACGAUGUGGGCAAAUGCCCCUCAAGUGCAUGUGCUGGACAGUUGGACCAUGGCAUCAGGUGCAAAGACAAAGUUUCUUACUGCUGUGGGGUGGCAGAAAUGGAGAAGAGGCAGCUAACAUGUCAGGGGUACCAGCUGCCCACCAUGGUGGUGACCAAGUGUGGAUGUCAGAAAUGCGUGGACACCAAGGCCAUUGUGCAUGGAAGAGCUAUUGCUGCAGACAAUGGUGAGCCAAUGAGAUUUGGCCACAUCUUCAUGAACGGAGUCAGAAUCAGCCGCACAGGCUACAAAGGCACCUUUUCUAUCCAGAUCCCUCCAGACACCGAGAGGCUGGUGCUGACGUUUGUCGACAACAUGCAAAAAUUUGUCAACACCACAAAGGUACUUCCAUUUAACACUAAAGGGGGGGCUGUUUACCACGAGAUCAAACUUCUGCGAAAGAAAGCUCCUGUUACCAUCAGUCCUUUAGAAACCAACACUCUGGAGCUCGGGGAGGUAGAGGGCCAGGAGGCAAUGGUCCACAUAGAGAUCCCACCUCAUUCCUUUUAUAAGGAGAACGGAGAAGUCUUUACCGGUAACGUCAAUGCAAGUGUGACUUUUCUCGACCCAAGGGACGUCUCCACGGCUGCUGCUGCUCAGAGUGAUCUCAAUUUCAUUGGGGAUGAGGGAGAUACUUUGCCACUGAGAACCUAUGGCAUGUUUUCAGUGGAUUUCAGAGGUGAGCAAAACAACGAGCCUCUGAAUGCAGGUGAGGUGAAGGUGUUCCUGGACUCUGCACAGGUGAAGAUGUCAGAGCAUCUUGACUCCAUGAAGCUGUGGUCACUGAACCCGGAAACUGGCCUGUGGGAGGAAGAAGGGAGUCUUCAAAUGGAGAGGAGAGGAAGAAGCAAAAGGGAGGAGAGAACAUUUUUGAUUGGUAACAUGGAGAUCAGAGAGAGACGUCUGUUUAACCUUGAUGUUCCAGAGAACCGCAGAUGUUAUGUGAAAGUGAGGGCUUUCCGCAGUGAGCGCUUUAUGCCCAGUGAGCAGGUGGAGGGAGUUGUGGUGAGUCUCAUAAACAUGGAGCCAACAGCUGGCUAUUCCACCAAUCCCCGGGCCUGGGGUCGAUUUGAUAGUGUAGUCACUGGACCGAAUGGGGCAUGUCUUCCUGCUUUCUGCGAUGAACAAAGAGCUGAUGCCUACUCUGCAUACGUGAUGGCCAACCUUGGAGGGGAAGAACUGGAGGCGGUCGCAUCUGCUCCCAAAUUCAAUCCCAGUCUUAUUGGAGUGCCUCAGCCAUAUCUGAGAAAACUGAACUACAAGCGCACCGACCAUGAGGACCCCAGACUGAAGAAAACAGCAUUCAGUAUCAACGUGGCAAAGCCAAGUACCAACACAGCAGAGGAAAGCAACGGACCAGUGUACGCAUUUGAGAACUUGAAAGAAUGUGAAGAAGCACCAUUCAGUGCUGCACAUUUCCGUUUUUCAAGAGUGGAAGGAGACCGUUAUGAUUACAAUACCGUGCCUUUCAAUGAAGAUGACCCAAUGAGCUGGACAGAGGAUUACUUGAGUUGGUGGCCUAAACCCUUGGAAUACCGAGCCUGCUACAUUAAGAUCAAAAUCAACAGCCCACAUGAGCUCAAUGUUCGGUCCCGUAACAUGGGUGGUACCCAUCCCAAGACAGUAGGUCAACUGUACGGUCUUAGAGACACUCGUAGCAUUCGUGAUAUGGAUCAGGCAAACGUUUCAGCUGUGUGCCUGGAAUUCAAGUGCAGUGGAAUGUUGUAUGAUCAGGACCGUGUAGAUCGCACCCUGGUGAAGGUAAUACCACAAGGCAGCUGUAAGCGAAACUCUGUCAACACAAUGCUUCAGGAGUAUCUGGUCAACCACCUGCCUCUAGCCGUUAACAAUGAUACUAAUGAGUUCACCAUGCUGGCACCUCUUGACCCUCUAGGCCAUAACUAUGGAAUCUAUACGGUGACAGACCAGGAUCCCCGCACAGCCAAAGAGAUUGCACUGGGGCGCUGCUUUGAUGGCACUUCGGAUGGAACAUCCCGAGUCAUGAAGACCAAUGAGGGCAUAGCGCUGACAUUCACUUGUGGAGACCGUGAGGCUACACGGCAGAGUGUCUUCCAAGCAAUGCAGAGUUCUCAAAGUCAGACAGUGACGAGUGUUGUGAGGAAAACCAGACGCCGGCAAAGGGCCAAUGCAUCCCGCAGCAACCGUAAACGUAACACCAGAAAUCCAACAGGAAGUCAAGCACAGAACAGAAGCUGA